UUAGAGUUAAAAGCCGAGAGUUCCGACCACCAUCUUGAAUUUUGUAAUCGUAAAUUUUAUUUCGAAAUACGAAUAAAUUUGCAGAAUCAGGAUGGGAAACAUUCACACCGUAGGCCCAAAUGAAGCCCUUGUUAUAUCAGGUGGCUGCUGUGGGGAUGGACGUAAAUUUAUUGUCGGAGGCUGGGGAUGGGCCUGGUGGUGUGUGACUGACACUCAGAGCAUAUCUUUGGAGGUUAUGACUUUGAACCCUCAGUGUGAGAGUGUGGAAACAUCAGAGGGUGUACCAGUGACCGUUACUGGCGUGGCUCAGUGCAAGAUCAUGAGACAACCAGACAUAUUGAAGACAGCUUGUGAACAGUUCCUCGGUAAAUCUGUAGAUCACAUACAGAGAGUCAUCCUACAGACACUGGAAGGUCAUCUUAGAGCUAUCUUAGGUAAAAUAUUUGAUAAUGUCUCUGUUAACUAUGUGAAUGAUACUGGCAUAAUGUCAGAUCUAUACCACUA